ACCACCAAGGCACCAACGCUCGUCCUCUUCUCCUCCUUAUAUUCCUUCUUCCUCCCCCUCACUUCAUCUUCCUCCGUUCUUGCUGAGUACUGUAGCAGUUCCUCUUCUUCUUUCUUCCCCACUCUUGCAUGCCAGUUGCUUGGUCAGCGAGGGGAGCGGUGGUGGCUGCUGCUGAUGCUGUGAGCGGGUGGUGGCACUGGUGAGAGUUGUUCAGCCGGCCAUGUCGUGCACGGAGGAGGCCGAUAGGGUGCGGCUCCGCGCGGCGGUGCUGGCGCUCGACGGGAAGGACAAGCCGGACUCGAAGAAGGACUUCUUCGCGGAUCUCGGCUCGCCGGUGUCGCCGCUGUUGAUGCGUGCCACGCCGUCGUCGUCGUCGUCGUCCGCCGGAUCGGCAAAGUCGCCGGCUUUGUGCAAUGCCGGGGAAGCGGCGGGGGCCGGCGCGAGGGGAGGUGGGAGUGUCAGGAGGACGCAAUCGGGCGAGCUGGCGGCGGAGAGCAACCCGCCGCGGCCGCCCGGGCACCGGCGCUCCGGAUCUGGGCCGCUGAUUUUCUCCGGCGGGGGGAGCAGCAGCUCGGCUGCCGGCGGCAAUGGCGGCGGAGUCUCGAGCACCGCGAGCUCGUCGCUCACCAAUGCGCACCCCACAGGCAACAUCUGCUCCUCCGGCCGUGCCGCGGCCGCGCCCCGACCGCGUCCCCGCCCCGACGUGCUCGGAUCUGGCACUGGCCACUACGGCCAUGGCAGCAUCAUGCGCGGCGGCGGCGGGGCCAUCGAAACUCCUGCGAACUUCCCGCUGGAGAGCUUGCAGGAGGUGACCCGUGCCGGGAACGAAGUGUACAAGCAGGGCCGGUACGGCGAGGCGCUGCGGCACUACGACCGCGCCCUGGCUCUGUGCCCGGACAGCGCCGCGUGCCGCGGCAACCGCGCUGCCGCGCUUGUCGGGCUCGGCCGCCUCGCCGAAGCCCUCCGGGAGUGCGAGGAGGCCGUCCGGCUCGACCCAGCGAGCGGCCGCGCCCAUGGCCGCCUCGCCUCGCUGUGUCUCCGGUUUGGGAUGGUUGAGAAGGCGAGGAGGCAGCUUACGCUGGCCGGGAAUGUGAACGGGUCUGACCCUGCUGAGUGGCAGAAACUGCACAAGGUGGAGAGCCAUCUGGGGAACUGUAUGGAUGCAAGGAAAAUCGGAGAUUGGAAGAGUGCACUGAGGGAAGCAGAUGCCGCCAUUGCCAAUGGAGCAGACUCCUCUCAGUUGCUCCUUGCCUUGAGGUCGGAAGCACUUCUCCGGCUUAACAAACUAGAGGAGGCUGAUUCAACAAUGACAAGUUUGCUGAAAUUGGACAGCGCGUCUCUAUCUUCAGUGUCCACAAAACUGUCAGGAAUGUUAGCUGAUUCAUACAUACAUGUUGUCCAAGCCCAGGUCAACAUGGCAUUUGGAAGGUUUGAUGUAGCUGUUGCCAUGGCUGAGAAGGCUAGACUUAUUGAUCCUAGGAAUGCAGAGGUUGGAAUGAUUCUAAAUAGCAUGAAGUUAGUUGCACGGGCUCGAGCUCAGGGGAAUGACCUUUUUAAGGCAGGGAAGUUUGCUGAGGCAUCUAUAGCCUAUGGUGAAGGGCUCAAAUAUGAGCCCUCAAACUCAGUAUUGUACUGUAAUAGAGCAGCUUGCUGGUCGAAGUUAGGUCGGUGGGCAAAAUCUGCUGAGGAUUGCAACGAGGCCCUGAAAAUCCGACCUAACUACACAAAAGCUCUCUUAAGACGGGCAGCAUCCUACGCAGAGCUUGAGUGUUGGGCUGAUUGCGUGCGGGACUAUGAGGUGCUCCGUAAGGAGCUUCCUAGCAACGCAGAGGUUGCAGAGUCAUUGUUCCAUGCCCAAGUCGCAUUGAAAAAACCCCUUGGUGAGGAGGUAUCAAAUAUGAAGUUCGGAGGAGACGUCGAGACAGUUACCAGCAUAUAGCAAGUUCGAGCUGUUAUACAUUCACCUGAUCAAAUGGUGGAAGUCUUCGGCAGUCCUUGAGCACUGCCGGCCAUGGCGGCGGCAGAUCUGGCUAGGCGGUGUCCGGUGAGGGCGUGCCGGACCGGCUGCCCUCCCCUUGAGCGCGGCCGACCAUGUUCCCACGACGUGCAACUCCACCUCUGCUACUCUUGUUCUAUAUGUGUAAUUAAGCUCUGUUUGUUCUUUUAUUUUCUGUGCAUCAAUCAGAUCUUACAGCAUUUUUUCUGGAUUUUUGAAGUUUAUAAUCUCAAUCUGUAGUUUUAGAAGAGAAUCAUGUUAGUUUUAGAAAAGAAACAUGUGGUUUUUCCUGGAUGUUGGAUGAUUAUAUUCUCACUUUGUUCUAUGAUUCCAAACUUGAAAUCAUGGGUGAAGUUUGUACUCGACUUAUCGAGUGAACAGAAA